GAGGCACUGGGGACGUAGCAAGUUAUAAAAAGAGACGAUACAGGGGAGGAGACAGAGAACAAGGGAAGUAAGUAAGACACCGGGUAGUUCAGAGGGUGAACAGUAAAAUGGAAAAAUGGAGUGGGAAGAAAAAAAGGGAUGGGAGGUUUUGCAAUUUUCAAACAGGCAGCUUCAGGGAAGGCCCCUGAGUGGAUCUAAUAUCUGAAUAAAGAACUGAAGCAGCAUAUAGUGAACUUGGCAGGUAUUUGGGGAGUUACAAGAAAUUCAGUUGUAUAUGUAGAAAAGGUCUUUGAAAAGCUGUUAACAGUAACCUUAUAAGGGACCAGGGAUUAGCAGGUACUUCCACUUUUUCCCGUUUUAAGUCACAAGAUAAAAUUACCAGCAACCUCAGGGAAUCCAGUCUGCCCACUUAUAAUUGUUCCUGUUAUUUCGCAUUUACUUGUGCCUUCCCUCACCAGGGAAGGGAUGGGGUCUGCCUUGUUCAUCGCCUUGACUCCCCUCCUCUCCAUGCACCCCACCUCCCCCAGCCUGGCACUCAAUGCAGAUUUAGAGAAUGAAUCAAAGAUUCUAUCGAUUGAAAAUUUGAAGCUUCUACAACUAACUCUAAGGUUUCACUGGCAGGGGGGUGAGGGAUUCCCCACCAAUCCCCCACAUGAGCCUGGCAGGUCAGGCUUCCAGGAGUCAUUGCCCCGUGCGUGCCUGGUACCUAUUUAUUGGAAACAGGAAAGAGGACGCAGGUAAAGCAGGUAAAGGCCUGCCAGAGAGAGAAUGGUGUCUCCUUUCCCUGGAAGGAAGUAAUCUAGGCCAAACGAAGUUGAGCAAGCCUCCAGAAUACCCUUGAGGACCACCUAUACACAUUCCCGCCUGCACCCGCGGGGGCGCGGCGCCUUUAAGGCUCCCGGAAACGGGCCGGCAGGACCGGAAGUGACCCUCUUUAGUUCCCCUCUUCACGUGGUGCGGGCGGGAAGUGACGCGCGCGGCCCGGGAGCUGCGGACGCAGAGGCCGACGGAGCCGGAGUCGCGGACGCCGCGGGGUCUCCGGGACAGGAACCCCCAGUGCUGUGUCCACAUUCUAGAGGGGAAGUUUGCUGGGACCCUGGUACCACCUUGCCAGUGGAAUGUCAGCCACACUGGAUCUGAAAUCGAAGGAGGAGAAGGAUGCUGAGUUGGACAAGAGGAUCGAAGCUCUUCGGCGAAAAAAUGAGGCCCUCAUCCGGCGCUACCAGGAGAUUGAGGAGGACCGGAAAAAAGCCGAACUCGAGGGAGUGGCCGUGACAGCUCCCCGGAAGGGCCGCUCGGUGGAGAAGGAGAACGUGGCAGUUGAGGCGGAGAAGAACUUGGGUCCCUCUCGGAGGUCUCCUGGGACCCCACGACCCCCAGGGGCCAGCAAGGGAGGCCGGACGCACCCCCAGCAGGGAGGCCGGGCAGGCAUGGGCCGGGCGGCCCGCAGCUGGGAGGACAGUUCUGGGGAGCAGUCUCGAGGAGGAUCUGGGGGCCGUGGCCGGAGGGGCCGGGGCAGGGGGUCCCCUCAACUCUCAGGAGCUGGAGAUGCCUCAGCUGCCGACCGCAAAUCUAAGGAGUGGGAGGAGCGGCGCCGGCAGAACAUCGAGAAGAUGAACGAGGAGAUGGAGAAGAUAGCAGAGUAUGAGCGCAACCAGCGGGAAGGUGUGCUGGAGCCCAACCCAGUGCGGAACUUCCUGGACGACCCCCGGCGACGCAGCGGACCCCUGGAGGAGCCCGAGCGGGACCGCCGGGAAGGCAGCCGCCGUCAUGGGCGCAACUGGGGGGGGCCCGACUUCGAGCGGGUGCGCUGCGGCCUGGAGCAGGAGCGGCAGGGCCGCCGGGCCGGCCUGGGUGGCGCUGGUGACAUGACGCUGUCCAUGACGGGCCGGGAGCGGUCGGAGUAUCUGCGCUGGAAGCAGGAGAGGGAGAAGAUCGACCAGGAGCGGCUGCAGAGACACCGCAAGCCCACUGGCCAGUGGCGGCGGGAGUGGGAUGCUGAGAAGACUGAUGGCAUGUUCAAGGAUGGGCCAGCUGCUGCCCUUGAACCAUCCCACCGCUAUGAUGACCAGGCCUGGACUCGGCCCCCCAAGCCCCCCACUUUCAGGGAGUUCCUGUCCCAGCACAAAGCUGAGGUCAGCCGCAGGAGGAGGAAGAGUAGCCGACCCCAGACCAAGGCAGCCCCUCGUGCCUACAGUGACCAUGAUGACCGCUGGGAGACUGAGGACACAGUGUCCCCAGCCCCUGAGGCCCCACAGCCCGCUCCACCUGAGGAGACGCCCUUGCAGCCACCCGAGACCCCAGCUCCUCCUGCCCACCGGCCCCCUGAGGAUGAGGGGGAGGAGGACGUGGGGGAGGAGGAUGAGGGGGAGGAUGAGGAGUGGGAAGACGUGAGUGAGGAGGAGGAAGAGGAGGUCGAGGAAGAAGAAGAGGCUGAUGAGGAGGAAGAACCAGCCCAAGGCCAUGAACCCCAAGAGGCUGAGCCCACCGGAAGCCCUCCCCGAAGCCGCACCGGAAGUCCCACCGGUGAGCAGGCUGACAGAGAGCGGUCGAGGCCAGAGGAGCCCCCGCCACUGCCCCAGGCCCCUGCCACGCCUUCUAGCCCCUUUUCACCCCCUGGAGACCACCAACCCGUGUCUGACUGGGGUGAAGAGAUGGAGCUGAAUUCUCCCCGGGAUGCCCACCCGGCCAAUGCCCUGUCUCCGGGAGGUGACCAGCCAGCCCCUGCCUCCCUUGAGAGUGGGUCCAGCCUCCCAGGAACCCAGAAAGCUGAAGAGGAAGGGUCUGAGGCAGCUCCAGAGGCGGGUACCGAGGGCCAGGAGACCGCGGAGAUCACCGACUUCCAGAGGGCCUCCCCGAAUUCCUGAAGACGCUGCUGGGAGGGGACUGAAGCUUCCCCGCCUUGAUGGGGUGGGGGCGGCAGGAGGGGGUUAGUCUGGAUUCCCAGGCUGCGCUCUCUCCUCCCCGGAGACCGCUCUGGAUCCCAUGGCUUUAGGGAGAGGGAGAAAUUGAGGGUGAUGGGGAGAAGUUGGGGAAGGGGCGUGAUUGGGUUGUGGGGCAGAGGUGGGGCUUCGGGGAGUGUUUAGACCUCAGUACACUUAAGUAGCGAGGAGGUCCCGCCAGGGGCGUGGUUAGGAUGCCUGGGCGGGGCCAGAAUUCUGGUGGAUGGAGUUAGAACACAGGGCGGCCUUAGAUGUCGGAUGGGGCCGCGUGAGCCGGUUUAGAUGGGAGUUCCUAAUGCGGGUGUGGGGUGCAGCCCUCGGUCGAGGGCGUGUUCAGUACAGUGCUAGAACUAGUGGAGUGAGGCGGAGGAAAGGGGUGGAGCCUGGACUAGAGAGCGUGAAUCCAGGGAGUGAAGAGGGUGGCUUCGAAUGCUAAGAGUCGAGUCUGAUUCAGAGGCACGUUAGAAGCGGAGCGGGCCUGCGGCUAAGGAGUGGGGGGGGGGGUCUGUGAGGCCCAAACCUCGCACGGCGGUGGGGCUCGGAGGCGGGGCUAGAUGCCUGGGAGAAGUGUGAGUCGCGAAGGGGACGUGGUUAGGGCUUGGGGGAGGAGGCCAGAAAGGGGAGGGCGGGGCUAGGCGCUGGGCGGGCUCGCAGGUAAGAGGCGAGGGCAUCACCCCGAAGCCCGGCAGUAGUCGAAAGAGCAGAGAGCUAUCUUUGCAGGCCUGGGGCGGGGUCGAAAUACUAGUUAAGCCAUAGCUUGAUAAUGGUUGGCUGGAGACAGGGGAGGGGGCAGGCCCAGAGCCCGGAGGAGGCCCGCCCAUUCGGGGGCGUGACCAUGCUGGCGGGGGCGGGGUUGGACGAGGGAGCUUUAGAGC